CGUGCACUUCAAAACCUCACCAAAGUCUGAACUGCGAGGCAAGGGGUACAUGCAAGAAUAAACACUAAGCAGAAUGGGUACCCAGAACCCUGCUAAAACAUCAGCAGUGCAUCCCUUUCAGACAAAGCUCAAACCCGAUGAAAGACAUCUGCUUUCUUUUUCUGUCUAGCCGUUCAUGCUUCGUUUCAAAAAAAAUCAAUGACCCCCGCACGUGACCCGUACCUCGGUCUGCCGCAAGUAAUAGACCUAUCGCACAAAUUCGGCAAUGGAUGCUGUUUGUUUCUCCAUCUUCCCUUCUCCAUAAAAACAGAUAUCCCGAAAAAUGUACGUGCCUUUUCUUGGCCGGCUCUCGGUGAUUGAGUGGUUCCUUCUUCUGGUCUCAUUCUGGCUCUCAUGGAUGGAGUACGUGUCGAACAUCAUCACUAAGCUCCUUCCUACCCCAGUUUUGACAUUGAUUAGCUCCACACUCAGACUCAUGUACAAGCUCAUGGGUCAGAAAAUCAACUUCACCACUAAAAAACUGGCGAUUCUGAAUGAUCAGGAUGUGCCGUACAAGUACGUGCUGGCCGCAGACGGCGUUGACGACAAUCGGUAUAAGUUGAUGACGGGAUUGUUGAACAGUAGAAAUAUUCAGGACAUGUGUCUUCUCUUCGGGUACGCAGUGGAAAAUAGAAUCGUGAAGACUAAUGACGGAUAUUUGUUGACCAUUCAGCGGCUCACGGGCCGCAAGGAUGAGGCGGGCAAUUUCCGGCAACUGCCUCGGAACGGCAAGGUUGUGUAUAUGCAUCAUGGCCUCCUCAUGUGCUCAGAAAUCUGGGUCACGAUGCUAGAUCGUGAAAACAACUUGCCCUUUGUUUUGUACGACUUGGGCUACGACGUGUGGUUCGGCAACAACCGCGGUAAUAAGUACUCGCAAAAACACAUGACGCGGCCGCUCAAUUCCGAGGCAUUCUGGAACUUCUCCAUCGACGAAUUUGCGCUUUUCGACAUCCCGGACUCCAUCAACUUCAUUCUCGAGGAGACGGGGAAACAGCAUCUAACAUACAUUGGUUUCUCCCAGGGCACGGCGCAGGCGUUUGCAUCUGUAUCCGUGAACCCGGAACUAACAAAAAAGAUCGACAAAAUCAUCGCCAUUUCACCAGCGACCACGCCACAUGGGCUAUACUCAAAGUUCUUGGACAUUUUGCUCAAAUCGAGCCCCAAGAUGCUUUUCUUGCUUUUUUCUCGGAAGGCGUUGCUCCCCUCUGUGGUCUUCUGGGGGCGCAUCAUGUACCCGCCUUUUUUUAACACCUCCAUUGACUUGUCCAACUACUUGCUUUUCUACUGGAAGGCAGAGAAUAUCGACAAGAUCCAGAAAUUGUGCUCUUAUGCACACUUGUACUCCACGACGUCGGUGAAAACGGUGGUGCACUGGUUCCAGAUCAUGCAGCUGAAGAACUUCCAGAUGUACCACGACGCCACCUCGGGGAUGAACAGCUUGAACCCCAUCAGCUACCCGCUCAGCAACAUCAGUAUUCCCAUACAUCUUAUUUAUGGUGAUUCUGAUUCCUUGGUUGAUAUCGACGUGAUGAAAAGCCAGUUGCCGGCAGAGACAACGCACACUCAUAAGAUUGCCAAUCAUGAACAUCUUGAUAAUCUCUGGGGCCGGGACGUCUCGGAAACCGUUUUCCCACUGGUUUUGGCUGCGUUGGGCGAGACGCCAAACGGUACGAUUGCAAAAUUAGCAGGUUUAAAAAAAACAGUGAAUGCUUAGGCUGUCUGACACAAAAUUUUGAUACGGCCGAGCUCAUGGAAAUUGAGUUCGGCAUACGGCAAGCUGCUCGAGAAGAAUCAUCUGGGUUUUUCCAAAGGGAUCACGCCUCAACUAAUGAGCAAACCUUCGCGACUUUUAAAAGGGAAAAGACUAUGUAUCAGUGCUAGGAUAGCGCAAGAUUGAGCUUGCAUGGAAAUACUAAUGUGAUUCGGGGUUUCAACCCACGUAAUCGUAGAGUAAAUCAUUGUGCAAGAUAGUGUA